AUGAGUAGUGAUAGUAGUUCAAUAAUUGUCAAUUUAUACACACCAACAAACAAAAUUUUGGAUAAAACACACUCAAGGACUUUUAUUUAUAAAUAUUUUAGGGGAGUAACUUGGUUAUAUUAUAUACAUUUACCAUGUGCUUUGUUGAGCAAUGUAGACUCCAUUCUAGUCUAUAACAUAUUCAAUUUAGUCAUAUUUUUCUGUGUCUAUGCUGUUUACAAGUAUUUUAGCAAAUUGAUAAUUUAA